GAAAUGGCAAUCACAACUGCUCGCGACCUAUUCGAAGAUUUAGAAUUUGUAGGGGACGAUGAAUUGAUUUCUUUUGCCAUGGGAGCUCCUGGACAAACUGCAUUGUCAGGUUGCAAGGAAAUAAUGAUAAAAGCGACAGAUUUAGCUAUGAGUGACUUGUCCCAGGAGAGAUAUGUUUUCCAGUAUGGUCCUCGUCAGGGCGAUCCAGUAUUUCUGGAACAUCUUGCCAAAUUCUUGUCUUUACAAUAUGGAGACAAUAACAUUACUAGGGAAAAUCUGAUGGUUACAGCUGGUGCCACUCAUGGUAUCCAUUUGACGGCAUCUGUCCUCUUUGAUAAGGAUAUUCCUGUGUUUGUUGAGGAUCCCACUUACUUCAUAGCCAUCAACAUAUUACAGAAGGACUUGGGGAAGUUGGUUAUACCAGUUCCUGUUGGGGAUGAUGGUAUAAACUUGGAAUCACUUGAGGAGCUGUUGAAGCAACACAGACAGAAAGCUGGAGACAAGAGCACAUGGAAGUGUCCCUUCUGGACUAUGUUGUAUCUGAUGACAGUGUACAACAAUCCCAGAGGCAACUGUCUCUCACCAGAAAAGUGUCAAAAGCUGAUAGAGCUAGCCAGGAAGUAUGACGUCCUACUGUUUACAGAAGAUGUCUACAACCUACUCCAUUAUGAGAAAGACACGCCACCUCCACGUCUUCUCUCCUAUGAUGUCAGUGAGAAGCCUGACUACAAGGGCUGUGUACUUUCCAAUGGAACCUUCUCCAAGAUUUUUGCACCUGGUUUACGACUUGGUUGGAUAGAGGGACAUCCUGAAGUUGUCAAGUUGCUGUGGUCAAGUUUCACAGCUUGGAGUGGAGGCAGUUUUAAUCACUACACGUCGCGGGUGAUGUCAUCAGUGUUACAGAGUGGACUCCUGUCGGAACACCUGAGUCACCUCUGCAAUGUAUAUGGGGAAAGAAUGAGUCUUCUUUGUGAUACUCUACCUAAAUAUCUACCUGAAGGAUGUCACUUCAUCAAACCAAAGGGUGGAUUCUUUGUUUGGGUGAGAUUACCAAGCAAAGUUGAUGGAACAGCAUUACUGAGUCUAGCUAAUGGCAAAUACAAAGUGAAUUUUAUUACAGGUCAAAGCACCUCACCUACAGGGAGUUUUCAGAACUGUAUUCGUCUGUCCAUCAGCUUCUGUGAUACUAACCAGAUUGAUAAGGGGGUUCAACAACUCAGUUUGGCUAUAAAGGAAUAUAUGUCUGCCCCUGAUCGUUGCUGAUUCUUGGGAAACAUAUCUCCUUAAUACCUACUUGUACCUGUGUUCUAUUAGAGUGAAUUUAAAAUAUAAAAAUACACAUGUAUACAGAAGAAACUAAUUGUAUAUUUUUCAUCAUAUCAGAUAAUUUAUGCCAAAAUUAUUUUGAUACAUACAUAUACCGGUGUGAAAAUAAAUGUUAGCUGAAGGAGAAUUUAUUUUUUGAAAACUGCAAUCAUUUUGUAAUAGCAAGAUACUGUGUUUAAGAAUACACCACUGGUCUUGUUAAGAUUAGGUGUUAUAUAUGAAGUAAAGAAUUAAUAUAUACCAUAA